CUCUUUCUCUUUCUCUCUCUCUCUCUCAUUUUCUUGCUCCUUCCUUCUCUUGCUCCCUCCUCCCCCCUCCCAAUUUCUGUCAGCACUGAGCACAGUCAGAGGGAGAGCAGAGAUGGCGGUGGCCGAGACGCAGCUGUAUGCAAAGGUGGCCAACAAGCACAGGAGCAAAAGCCCCUCUGUACUCCUCGAGUCUCUCCUGGCCAAAGGAUUCCCAGCUCACAUCGCGCAAAAAGCCUUGGCUGCUACUGGUCAAAAGACAAUAGAAGAAGCUGCAAAAUGGUUGCACUCUCACUGCAACGAUCCCUCUUUGGAUGACCCAAUCCCUCAGGAGUAUGCUCUUUACUUGUGUCCCACCGGCUGCUUCUAUAACCGCCUGCAGGAGUUUUGGAAAGAGAGCAAGCGCCAGUGCGGGAAAAACAGAGCCCAUGAGAUUUUCCCUCACGUCACUCUCUGUGACUUCUUCACGUGCGAAGACCAGAAAGUGGAGUUACUGUACGACAUCUUAAAGCAAAUCGUCAACAACUUUUCACAAAAAUUUCCGCAAACUAUUUCCCUAUCACUACAUUCAUCCACCAGCUACCUUGGUUUCUUUAUCAGUGACAGCCACGCAAAUAUCCUCAAAGAGAUUGCUGUGGCCUUCUCUUCAGAGGCUUCAGCCCUGGCAGAUUGCCAUGUGAAGCCCUGCCUAAAGCAGCUCCACCUUACCUUGGCUCACAAGUUCUGUCCUCACCACCAGAAGACUUUGGAGCAACUAGCCAAAUGCAUUAACCCGGGGGAGACCUGCCAGUGGGUAGCAGCUCUCUAUUCAAGAGACAUGCGUUUUGUGCAUUACCAGACGCUGAGGGCCCUCUUCCAGUACAAGCCCCAGAACAUUGACGAGCUCAUGAUGAAUGCCGGGGACUUCAUCUACGUCGACCCAACGCAGCAGUCCGAUGUCAGCGAAGGCUGGGUCAUCGGGACCUCGCACCGUACCGGCUGCAGGGGUUUUCUUCCUGAAAACUACACAGAGAGAGCCAAUGAGUCAGACACAUGGGUUAAGCACAGGGAAUAUCCUUUUGUACCAGGUUCAAAAUUUGUCACCCAAUCUGCAAAUGAACCUAAUGUAAAGCUGAACGGAGAGGUCCAUAAUCCUGUUACAUCAAGGAGUGUAACCAAUAUUCUUUCACUUCAGCUUUCUCAGAAUGCCACUCUGCGAAGAGGUGUGCUGGUGAUGCGCCAUGGGGAAAGAGUUGAUCAGGUCUUUGGGAAAUCUUGGCUUCAACAGUGCUUAACUGCAGAUGGAAAAUACUACAGAGCAGACCUCAACUUUCCUCCCACCCUACCAAAACGGAAAGACAGCAUGAAGCAUUUUGAGCAAGAUCCUCCUUUAUCUUGCUGUGGUAUUUUCCAGUCAAGACUUAUAGGGGAAGCUCUGCUGGACCAGGAGGUGGCAGUCAGCUACAUCUACUCGUCACCUGCCCUCCGCUGCGUACAGACAGCCCAUCUCGUGCUUCAGGGGCUUAAAUUAGACCAAAAAAUCAAAAUCAGGGUGGAACCAGGACUAUUUGAAUGGACCAAGUGGGAAGCAAGCAAAGGGAUUCCCAACUUCAUGACUCUAACAGAACUGACAGAGGCCUCCUACAAAAUAGAUACAAGUUACAGAAGCAACAUACCACUCUCUUCUCUGGUGCCAUCAGAAAGUUAUGAAGACUAUGUAAGCAGAAGCUCUGCAGCUAUAAAACAGAUCGUCACUGCUUGCCCCAACAAAGGUGUCAUCCUCAUCGUGGGCCAUGGCUCCUCCUUGGCAUCUUUCACCCGACCUCUGAUAGGGCUCCCUGCCAAAGACAGCAGCGACUUUGCCCAGGUGGUCCGAAAGAUCCCUUCGCUAGGCAUGUGUUUCUGUGAAGAGCUCAAAGAGGGGAACAAAUGGCAAAUGGUUAAUCCCCCAGUAAAGACAUUAACUCAUGGAGCAAAUGCAGCAUUCAACUGGAGAAAUGGUAUCGUGGAAGAUUAGAAAGCCAGCUCUGUCCUUGCAGCCAUUAAAAAUGAGGUGAAGACGGCUUCUGGUUCAGCACAGUCCAGCAAUUCAUCCAGAAAAGUUACAGUGGAUGGAAAUUGCCCUCUCUAAGUAGUCAAAGCACAGAAAACACUUCUGAGUUUGGUGCCUAAAUUUUGCUUUUGCUUCAGUGACUGAGAAAAGGAAUCAUGGAACUGGCAUACAAGAGAGCGAUGACUCUUCUGCUGGUGAAGAAAGUACUUUUUAACCUUUUCUGAAGGUACCACGUGCAACAUUUAAUACAUACAGAACUACCUGAUUAUAAAAUCUACUGCUAAAGGCACUAAAUUUGACAUUGUUGCAUUUUCCAAGACCAAAAUACAGCUGGUAAGAAUUGCUUUUGUUAUUUGGAUAUUUUCAGACGAGCAGAGAAAUUGGGACUGAAAAAAAGCCAUCUCCUACCCAAAGAGGAGAUCAUCUCUACCUAAAGCCACUUGGUUUCCUGUUGACUCCUCCAGUUCUGCAAGAGCACAGGAGGAGGGGACAUACUAUAGUGACAAUUUAUUUACCUCUUCUACAAAGGAGGUUCAUUUUCUACCACAACAGCUCCCCUGCUCAGUGAUUCCACAGUGAUCCAUAUUGCAAAAGGGACUAAACAAUUUCCUUUGGAGAAAACUGAACUGAUUGCUUUACUGUUGCUGGGGCAAAGAAAGAUGCCCUGCAUUACUGUACUGGUGACAAAACCUUGACGUGAGCAACUCUAACUGCUGAAUGCUUCCUGAGAUGGCACUUGCAGGACAAGAGCUUUGCUUUGUGCUGUUCUGUGCCAAAUUAUAUAAAUGGUGACACAGCUGCCAAACCGGUCGUCUGACAGGUCUCUGUAGCUCUUCUCUUGGUUGUUGGUUUGCUUAAGGAAGUGUAGCCCCAAAAUUUUAUGCACAAACAGGAACAUAUCUUGCCAUAGAGUCAGGUUUCCUUUCUAAAUGAUCGUUUUGGAUAACUACCUCUGGGAAAGCACAAAUGUUUCUUUCAAAGAGAGGAGAAAAAUGGAAGUUUCACUUUCUUUCUUAGCAUGACUAAAAAAAAAAAAAAAAAAUCUCAUUAUCAUUCUUUUUCUCCCUGCACCUUCUUGACACCUCUUUGCCUGUGUGCCUUUAGCCUAAGGGCAUGCAGCAAAGCCCACCCAGCAUGCAGACAGCAGGGCAUCCAACAAGCACCUUUACUGGUGGGCAUGGAGAUCUGUCUCAGACCUGCACCUGAAAUGUUCUGUUUUGACUUCCCAGAUCUGGCGAGGGUGCUUGGACUCCUGCUUUUCUAACUGCUAAGGGUAUGACAGGGGAGUGGGGGUGGCAUGGGGCAAGGACCUGGCCCUGGGCAUGUCGCUCCCUGGAGCUUCCAGCUCCAUUUCAACUGAGGUGUCAGCUCCCAUCUUGCAGUACUCCCGUGGGGUCUUCUUCUCUGUAAAUAAUGUUGCUUUUGGUGUGAUUUGCUCUGAUUUCACCAAGUGAUUGCAAGCCAUAGGACAAAUGUCAUUGGAUGAGGUGCAAGGCCAGAGCUACCACCACAGACUGAAGCCCCAACGUGAGGGAUGGUCCCUGGGGCUCCGACUGGGGCACAUGUGGCACCAGGUGUGUGAAGGCAUUGGUGUGGGUUUCUGGGUUGAGCUUUUGUUCCAAAUACAGCCUCUGGAUGGGAACCUGGCUCUGUUUGAACAGAUGGGAGCGGCUGCAUAUUUUAUAGUUGAUGGUACUGUCAUCCCUCACCUCUGACAAAUUCCCUUUUGUCCCCAAAGAGAUAACUGAAGGACUCUGCAUCUUGUAUCCCAGGCUUAAACCUGUUUGCUUUUGGCCUUUCCAGCUGCUCUAACCUUGGGACAAUCCCUCCUCCCUGUGUAAGAAGAAAUGCAAGCAGAUCACAGGCAGUGUCUUUCUUCUCCUGUGGGACACGUGCCUGUGCAUCGUGUAAGGGGAGAGGCCUUGCACUUGGUGGCCUGGCCACCAUUGCUGGUCAGAGCCAAGAAAGAGCCUGGGUGAGGAUAGGGACAGGCAGGAGUGACAGCGGAGCUCUCAGUUCACAUGGCAAGGGAGAAGCCUUGCUGCUGAAAUGACACCUGGUGAGAGCAGGGCGUGAUGGCACACUGCCCACCCAGGGACAGAGCCAGGAGCAGCAGAUCGGAGAGGUGAGUGAGGGCUGCAACCUGCUUGGGCAUGAUGUGCCUGCCUGCUGGGUACAAAGUGGCAUGAGAAACAUUCCCUUUCUUCUUAGAAAUAAGCUUUUUUUUUUCUUCUUUUUUUUUCUUUUCAUAAUACCUCAGACAUUAAUCCUCAACUGAGCUGCAGAUACCAUUCUGGUUAAGAAUCUGUCUUCCUUUAAAACGAUAAAACACAAAACACCUCUCCCUUCAUCCAAGAGCAUCAGAUGCAUUUCCAGUGUGGUUCCAUUGUGAUCAGUGACCUGCAAAACCAGUGUCUUCUUGUUGCUUUGAACAGCUCUCCUACUCUGCUGCCACUGUGUACAGCAUAACAAGGAAACACAUCACUUUGUGUUUUCACUCCUAUCCACCUGCAGAAAUAUCAUUCCUAAAAGCUAGUUUGUCGCACCUUAGUCCUCUUGAUGUUAAGCUCCUAUCCAAAAUAAGUGUGUGCAGGCUGCUUGACAGGACCUUUCUUACAGGUGAGGAUGAGGAGGAAGGAUUCAACCACCUUACCCAAUCUUGGCAUGCUAUCAAAGGGCCCCCAGAGCACCACCACUACCCUUGCAAACUAAACACGCUUGCUGGGAAGAUUGCUAAGACACUUGAACCAAAAUCCCACAAUGUUUUUGUUAUUUUUUUUCCCACUAGACAUGCACUCCAAUGAAUUUAACUCCAGUGAAUGCAGUGAAUUAAACCUCAGCGUAUGUUGGAAAGAGGGUUUGGGUACUUAAAUAUUUCUCUUGUGGUGGUUUCUAAUGCACACGCUGCAAUGCUGAGCAGGUGAGGAGAAAUACUUUGUCACAAAAUACUCUUUAACUUGUGAAAACUUCUCAGUUUCUACCAUCCAAAUUAACUGAACAGAAAUAGCAAGCAAUUAAAACUGUAUCUCAGUAGGAUCAGAGCUGAAAUUAUAUCUUUAACAUAUGAGGAUUCUUAGUUGCAAAAAUUUAGCAGGGAGAGAGAAUUCCUGAUGGGAUGUGUACAUAAUAUGAAUUAAAUUGCUGAACACGGGUAAAAUGAAGAAAAUGACGUUGGAAGCUUUGAAGUUAUUUUUGAAGUAAGCAAAAGAAAUGGGAAAUUCCUUUUCAUUUUUUUUGACAUGUAUGCAGCUUCAAAAUUAGAUAUUAUUUUACUCCAGUGUAAUUUUCUUUACUUGGUGCUAUUUCAUUACAAAGUUAUGUACUUUAAUAGAUACUUUUAGUACUACCUAGAGAAUUCGAACGUUUCACUUAUGUCUUAAAAACUGAAAAUGUAAAUUCUUUUGAUAAAGACCUAUAGUGAAGUUAAUCUAUGGUGACACCUUGUGGGAAAACAAAACCUCAAACUUACUUGCCUAAUAGGAUCUUCAGGUGUGAUUGAAGGAUGUGGGGGACACAUUUUCUGAUUUUUAGCACUCAGUUUAACACUCCUCCCAUACUCCUUGAUGGGACAAUAACACAGAAAUUUUUCAUUUAGUAAGUUUGUGCCUACUUUUAAGCAGAACAACAUGAAGAGACACUCGAGUCCAGUUCUUCUGGAAAGCAAGAGAAAAAACAAAUCUGUGGCUGUUUUGCUCCUGAUUUUUCCAAAGCCUUGUGCCAGCAUUUUUAAUAGUACAAGGCAAAUGUGUAAAUCUGCUGGCUCAGAACAGUAGUUAUUGCUUGAUGGGGUCUUGAUCUAUAGCACUUUCUUUAAUGGAUGAUUACAAAUUAAAAUGUUCACGCCUCUUGGAAUAUGAGAACAGCAUGAAAUAUUUGAACAAGCAGAAGAUUGUACUGUGGUGCAUUGGAAGGAGUUAGUGAAUCAUUGCAUUUUACAGUCCAGCUUUUUGGGGAGAUCUGAUACUUCUCAUGAAGGAUUCAGAGAGCACUCUGGGCCUUUUGAUUUUAACACCAUGUUUAGGACCAUUCAGCAAUUUCCUUGUCUAUAAUCACAAUGCCAAAACAAUUUCUCUGUGAAGACUGAGAAACUUUGUGAUUAGUCUUGGAUUCACAGCUUUUGCUGUUUCCCCCACUUCUUGCACCUUACCCUCCCAGUGGGUCUUGCAGCCUCCUCCUCUGCCUAAGCCCAGGUUCCCAUGGAGUCUAUUUGGAAAGCAAAUUCCCAGCAGCCUGCUAUGUUCAAAAGUGGCUUCAGCUUCUUGUGGCAGCAGAAAUUUUCUAUUUCCCUCUUCUCUUCCAUUUCUGCAAUUGGGACACUACAGACUAGUAACCCAUCUGCAAGGCCAUGUCUGCUGAAACAGAUGUUAUCACACCUUUUUGUGAUCCUGCCAAUCUGUUUUCAAUAUUCUGACUCUUUUUACUUAAUCGUCUGUAUUGACCAAAGGGGGAUCAACCAUCAAUAUCACUGUCUGCAUUCAACGGAGGUUGGCUGGUCUGCUUUUUAACAUUAACUCUCAAAUCUGUGUCCCCAGCUAAGCAGGAGCAGAACAGUGCAGAUGACAAAUUGAAAAGACACUUAAAAGCUAUGAAUAGAUCAUAACACCCUGGUUCUUAGGAAUCUCUUGUAAUGUGAAGUCAGUAGUGCUGUGCAGACAUGGCCUCUGCCUACUCCUUCAAAGAAAGACUGUGCAAAACCUCCAGAUGGCAUCUUUCUGAGCUUCCUUUUCUUUCCUUUUGGUGGGGAAACUUAGGGCACAGCAUCUCCUAACUCUAAGGACACAGAGAAUUAAAACAAGACCAUGAUGCUAAAAACAUUCAACCUGAUCCACCUGAAGGUGCCUCCUUAAUGGAACUACUUGUAUAAUUAAGUGUUUGGAAAACAGAGGCUUAAAUCUGUAGCACUUUGGUGUUCGGAUACCAUUGGAGGGGAAAAGCAAAUAGAGAUGCUACCAACAUACGUAUGUUUUCUAACUCACAGCAGCGAUUUCUGCUGCAAAUCUGUUUAUGCAAAUUCACUAAUUCAGUUUUGACGGAACACAUUUAAAAUACAAGGACCUUAUUUCUGUCUUUUAAAGCUCAUUUGAACCUAAAUUUGUUUGAUGCUAAGACAUCAUUUCCCAGCUGUUUUGUCAGGUUUCUCUUGCCACUGGUGGGCUUGAAAGCCGAAUAAAGAAUAUGCAGAAUGGAAACUACAUGCAAUAUAAACUAUUAUCAAGUACCAGCUUGUUCGUAAUAAGCUUGCCCAAGCAUCAGUCUUUACAAAAAAAAAAAAAAAUAGCAAGCUGGAUGUACUUAAGAAAUGGGGUCCCACAGAACUUGUGUCAGAAGUUAAUUUACUCUGCGCUGUGGUGUUCAGCUGAACAUCAUCUGAUACGCCACCGUACUUGAGGAUGGUGCAGAAACUGUUCAGCGUAUGAGAGUGGCUGUUAUUUUAGAAACCUCUAAAGAGUCAUUUGUGGAAAUACCUCUGCCAGUGAAAAUCUCUGUGAUUGUGUGGGUUGGCAAAUGAAUCACAAGCAAUUGCUCUCCUUCAUGAAUGGAGCCACACUGUGUAUGCCGGAUGGAAGAAUAAGGAAUGAGCCUGCAAAUCUCUUUUACAGCUUUGCUUCCCAUUUUAUAUACACAAUAAAAUUUUAGACUCUGCAGUCAUCUGUGCUGAAAUGCAAAACACCUCCUUCCUUGCUGUAGUUUCACUCUUCACUUGCCCACAUGGCUCAGCAGUGAUUCGUGCAGAGAUCUUUAUAUCCACGCCACACAUGGUGAGGCAUUCUCAGCUUAGAAUAACACUGAUAUUUUUGACCUUAGUUGAUAAUGGUAUUAAUUAUCUCAGGCACAGCAGUGUGCUAAUGUGGCUACAACUUUGUGACCCUUAGCUAUUACCUGCAAAGCACUGGGCUGUGCUUGGCGAAUAUAAGAGCACGGCAAUAUGUGCAAUGCAUUCCUUUACAAAGACUAGCCAUGCACUGCUCCAUCUCUUAGGGAAACAUGUUACAGAUAAACUCUUUGCUGAGCCUACUGUCUGAACAAGGCAAGUUUUCAAAGACCCUUUCAAGAGUACGUGGCCUUUUGGGAUGUAUAUGUAUGGAAGCUGUUGCAGCCUUUCAAUACUUAAAAGGGGGCUUAUAAGAAAGAUCCCUAACAUGUGAUUUCUGACAUUAUUUCUCAUUUGGUAAAAGUCUCCAGGCUGAACAUGUUUGAAAAGUACACAGCCAGUCAAUAAAUAAAUAAAUAAAUAAAUAAAUAAAUAAAUUUGCGUUCAAAAUGGAAGGGGAAAACAAAGACUUCCUAGAAAAGAGGAAAGAUGUGCACUUGUGUUCCACUGUAUGUGAAGGCUUUUUAAGAGAGAAAAGACCUAUAUAUUGCAAGUUUUUCCUCCUGCAGCCUCACAAAUAUAAAGAAAGCAAGGAUUCAUAAAAUUAGGCAAAAGGGAUGUUUCCUACAACUUGCAUGCAUAGAUCAUAGCGCUCUGGAAAAUGGCUUAAAUUCCCUUAGGAUGAUGUGGAUGAAAGAGGAAAAAUGCAACAGCUCAAACAGGUCUUUUUUCCCUUAUCAUCUGUAAAUGUAAAAUAGACAUCUCUCUGAGGGUUUUUAAAACAUUUGCACUUUCAGGUGGAAGUAGAUAUGCAUGGAUUUAUCAAGAACUUGAGACCCCCAGGUGCUUUCUUUAGCUGCAAUGAACUAUCUUGACCAGCUUCCUUGCUCACUGUGGAAAGAGUCCCAUCUCUGGGGAAGAUGUAGCUCUGCAAGACAAAUAUGACAGGGUUUUCUGAUGGUUUUUCUAAGAUAUGUGGAGCACAGAUAUUCUAAGCACCAUCUUUUCAUAAACAGCUUUGGAUUUGGGAGAGCACUUUUAACCUAAAACUCACAUUGGCUUACAUGCCAUUGAUUUAAAGGCAAAAUUUGGGCAUCUAAACCAACAUUAGAUGCGUAGGUUAAAAUGGCGUAAUAUUUUCAAAGAACCCUUGUGCCACCUUUGGAGAAAAUUGUUCAGACACUAGAAUGGUAAUCUAGGGACAAAAAGCUGAAUGGAAAACUUCAAAACCUUAAGUUCAAUGUAAUAUCCUAGCAUUCAGCCUUUUUUUUUUUUUUUUUUUUUAAUUCAGGAAGAGGUUUCAAAUAUGACUAUUCUGAUGCUAUUUAAAAGUCUUCAUUACUGAAAAGUGAAGAGACAGAUGGAUGAGAGGGGCUUGCACACCUCAGUGCAACAGCUUUUGGUGGGGGUUCCUCUCUAUCCAAGAUAGUGAUGAAAGAACUGCUAUUCACUAAUUUACAAAUUAUCCUCUGUAAGUUACAGUGAAAUGAAUUGUCUCCUCCUACAAAAGCACCGGUGGUUUCCAAAAGGAGCAAACCAUGUUCUCUGGAGCACUUCCUAACACAGAGGCUUCCAAAUGUUCUUAACUGUCCUCAAUUGUAUUCCAGAAAGGAUGUACUUUUUGCUGCUAUGCCACUGGAGGUCACUCGUGUACUAACAAACAGUACAGUACUGGAUACUGUAGAGAAAAAGGUAAUUUCAUAAAUCAAACAAGAAUCAACUCAUCUUGAAGAUUACCUUAAAAUGAAAGUAAAUCAGAAGAAAUUAAAGGAAUAGACAUUGUCCAUUAGGACAACGGAAUAAUACGUUGUGAGGAUAUUUCCCAAAUUUACAGUAGAAUAUGGUGAAUAAACAGCUAGUAAACUAAUGAUUUGUAGUUUUCUUAUAAAAAGACCAACAACAUUACCAAGCCAAGUUUGCUUUGAUCAUGCUACUGGAAUAAUGGAAAUGCAUCAUUUCUUUUUGCCAAAGCACAUAUCUUUGCUCACUGAAGUCCACUGGUGUGACUAGGAAAAAUAAAAAUAAAAAAAGGCAUGUAAGAUACAAAGGAAAAGAUUGCCUGGGAAAUUUCUCACUAUGACAUGUCUGAUAGGAGAAAAAAUGUGGGAAGAAGUAAUAAACUAUUUUUUUCAUAUAAUUCUUCUCCUUAUCUCCACUUUCUAUUAAUCCAUUUUAAUCACUAACUUAAACUUCUGGGUAUAUCUUUGCUGAAGUGAGUUGUAGAGAAAAUGUUUUCCUCUUUUCCCCUAAACUUUUGGAAUAGAUUUUAU